GGGCGCGGCCGGACCUGGACCACGCUCCUGCUAGCUGCCUUUGCAGCAGUGUUGCACUGGAGUCAUAUAACACACCUAUUUGAAAAUGAUCGUCAUUUCUCUCACCUCUCGACACUGGAAAGAGAGAUGGCUUUUCGUACAGAAAUGGGACUCUAUUACUCUUAUUUCAAGACCAUUGUGGAAGCACCCUCAUUUUUUAAUGGAGUGUGGAUGAUUAUGAAUGAUAAGCUGACUGAAUAUCCUCUUGUUAUUAACACAUUAAAAAGAUUCAAUCUUUACCCUGAGGUCAUUUUAGCCAGCUGGUACCGAAUUUAUACCAAAAUAAUGGACUUAAUCGGCAUUCAAACCAAGAUAUGUUGGACAGUUACCAGAGGUGAAGGACUCAGUCCUAUUGAAAGCUGUGAAGGAUUGGGAGAUCCUGCUUGCUUUUAUGUUGCUGUAAUUUUUAUUUUAAAUGGACUAAUGAUGGCAUUAUUCUUCAUAUAUGGCACAUAUUUAAGUGGCAGCCGAUUAGGAGGCCUGGUUACAGUGUUGUGUUUCUUUUUCAAUCAUGGAGAGUGUACCCGUGUGAUGUGGACCCCGCCUCUCAGAGAAAGCUUCUCCUACCCCUUCCUCGUACUUCAGAUGUUGCUUGUGACUCAUAUUCUCAGGGCUACAAAACUUUAUAGGGGAAGCUUGAUUGCACUCUGCAUUUCCAAUGUAUUUUUCAUGCUUCCCUGGCAGUUUGCUCAAUUUGUACUUCUUACUCAGAUUGCAUCAUUAUUUGCAGUAUAUGUUGUGGGAUAUAUUGAUAUAUGCAAAUUACGGAAGAUCAUUUAUAUACACAUGCUUUCACUUGCUCUCUGUUUUGUUUUGAUGUUUGGAAACUCAAUGUUAUUAACUUCUUAUUAUGCUUCCUCUUUGGUCAUUAUCUGGGCCAUACUAGCAAUGAAGCCACAUAUCUUGAAAAUGAAUGUUUCUGAAGUUAGUUUAUGGAUUAUACAAGGAUGUUUUUGGUUAUUUGGAACUGUCACACUCAAGUAUUUGACAUCUAAAAUCUUUGGCAUUGCAGAUGAUGCUCAUAUUGGCAACUUACUAACAUCAAAAUUCUUCAGUUAUAAGGAUUUUGAUACUUUAUUGUAUACCUGUGCAGCAGAAUUUGACUUUAUGGAGAAAGAGACUCCAUUGCGGUAUACCAAGACAUUGUUGCUCCCGGUUGUUCUGGUCGUUUUUGUUGCAAUUCUUAGAAAGAUUAUUAGUGACAUGUGGGGUGUCUUAGCUAAACAACAGACACAUAUCAGAAAACACCAGUUUGAUCAUGGAGAGCUGGUUUACCAUGCAUUGCAGCUACUAGCAUACACGGUCCUUGGAAUUUUAAUUAUGAGACUGAAACUCUUCUUGACACCACACAUGUGUGUUAUGGCUUGCUUGAUCUGCUCACGACAGGUAUAUGCAGUGUUCGCGGGAGCCAUGCCCACCAUGGCGAGUGUGAAACUCUCUGCUCUUCGACCCAUCGUGAACCAUCCGCAUUAUGAAGAUGCAGGUUUGAGAGCCCGAACAAAAAUAGUAUACUCAAUGUAUAGUCGAAAAGCAGCUGAAGAAGUGAAGCGAGAAUUAAUAAAGUUGCAAGUGAAUUAUUACAUUCUAGAAGAGUCAUGGUGUAUAAGAAGAUCCAAGCCUGGUUGCAGUAUGCCUGAAAUUUGGGAUGUGGAAGACCCUGCUAAUGCUGGGAAGCCUCCCCUGUGUAACCUCUUGGUGAAGGAGUCCAAGCCUCACUUCACCACUGUAUUCCAGAACAGUGUUUACAAAGUCUUAGAAGUCAUCGAAGAAUGACUGACUGCUGCCUGAAGAACAACAUCAGUGACAUCAGCAGAUUAACCUCCUUGUGGAUUGUCCUUGAGACCUGAGCCCUCAGGGAUGGUUUCCGGUGCCCACCCCUGGGAGCCUCUGAAGAGCUGUUCUCUUCCUGCCUUCUCACCAGAGCCUAAGGACAAGCCUGGUCUGGGGGAAGCACGAGCUGCCAAGAGCAGACGCUGCCGAGAC